CCAGAGCUCCGCACUACCUGCCGCCCGGCCACAACUGGAGCGGGAAGGCGGGUGCGCGGGCGGGAGGGCAGCGGGCACCAUGCAGGGAGGCUGCCAGGGGCCGGGGGCAGCGGCGCUCACUGCCGCCCAUCUGGCGCUCUGAGACGCGCGGUGCCACCAUGUUCCCCAGCCCCGGGCUCACACCCACGCCGUUCUCCGUCAAAGAUAUUCUGAACCUGGAGCAGCAGCAGCGCAGCCUGGCCGCCGGGGAGCUCUCGGCGCGCCUGGAGGCCACCCUGGCGCCCGCCUCCUGCAUGCUGGCCGCCUUCAAGCCAGAGGCCUACACUGGGCCCGAGGCCGCGGGGCCCGGCCUCCCCGAGCUGCGCGCCGAGCUGGGCCCCGCGCCCUCGCCGGCCAAGUGUGCGCCGGCCUUCCCGGCGGCCCCCGCCUUCUACCCGCGCACCUAUGGCGACCCCGACCCGGCCAAGGACCUUCGAGCCGAUAAGAAAGAGCUGUGCCCGCUGCAGAAGGCGGUGGAGCUGGAGAAGCCCGAGGCGGACGGCGCGGAGCGGCCCCGGGCGCGGCGGCGGCGGAAGCCGCGCGUGCUCUUCUCGCAGGCGCAGGUCUACGAGCUGGAGCGGCGCUUCAAGCAGCAGCGGUACCUGUCGGCCCCCGAGCGCGACCAGCUGGCCAGCGUCCUGAAGCUCACGUCCACGCAGGUCAAGAUCUGGUUCCAGAACCGGCGCUACAAGUGCAAGCGGCAGCGGCAGGACCAGACUCUGGAGCUGGUGGGGCUGCCCCCGCCGCCGCCGCCGCCCGCGCGCAGGAUCGCGGUGCCCGUGCUGGUGCGCGACGGCAAGCCCUGCCUGGGGGACUCGGCGCCCUACGCCCCGGCCUACGGCGUGGGCCUCAACGCCUACGGCUACAACGCCUACCCGGCCUACACCGGCUACGGCGGCGCGGCCUGCAGCCCCGGCUACAGCUGCGCGGCCGCCUACCCCGCCGGGCCGCCCCCCGCGCCCUCGGCUACGGCCGCCGCCAACAACAACUUCGUGAACUUCGGCGUCGGGGACUUGAACGCGGUGCAGAGCCCCGGGAUCCCGCAGGGCAACUCGGGGGUGUCGACGCUGCACGGCAUCCGCGCCUGGUAGGGAAGCCGCCUGGGGCUCCCGCCGGAUCCCACCUCCAGCGAAGGGCGCUGGCCUCGGGGGAAGGGGCUCCGGCGCGGGCCUGCAGCCCC